GUCUUUUGGACACUCUUGGACAUUCUUGAAUGGUUCUUCUUGGACUUAACGGUCGAUAAGUUAUUCGUUAGAAUCGAACCAACUGGAACUAUGCCCAAACCAUUAACAACAAAUAAUGUUGGAGUUACAAACUUAAAAGAUACGGUAGCUGCCGCGUUAGUAUACUAUGUGACUUAUGGGAAAGAUAUCAAUAAUGCUUUACGUAUUCAUAACGUAGAUUCUGAAUGA